AACAAUCCACCUUCCCUCGAAUUCGACGAUCCUAUUGGUUCAACUCUGCACCGCAUUUACCACCACCAGCACCCUCCCGCCAUGUAUUUAUGAUCGCCACUCCGCCGCUCCACCACUCCACCGCUCCACUCCCUUCUUCUGGCUGCUAGGGUUUCCGAUUCCCACAUGUCGCAGACCCAUUUCAGCAAGGGCGACGAGGUCGAGGUCGUCACGAAGCCCUCCCGCAGUUCCACCGGGCCGUACUACCCCGCGACGGUGCGCCGCCCCGUGGUCAAGGACAAGGCCCACAUUUUAGUCCAGUACCAAACCCUGACGACCCCCAACGCCGUCAGCCCCAGACUCCUCCAGGAGAUAGUCGAAUUAGGCAAUGUGAGGCCCGCACCGCCGAGGGAGCUCUACCAGUUCUUCAAGGUGGGCGACGACGUCGACGCCUACAGAGAAAAUGGGUGGUCUCGCGGGACUGUGACGGACAUUCUGGAGAACUCCAAGUACUUAGUUGCGCUGCGGGGUGAGGAAUUUGAGUGCGAGCAGUGUGAUAUGAGGAUUCACAGAGACUGGGAUGAUGGCUCUUGGGUCCCUCCUAUUCAAGAAGAGAAUAGUUCAUCUGGGAUGGUGGUGAAAUCUAGAAAAUUAAUAUUGAAAUUUAAGUGCGGCAAGAAACCACUGGGAGCAAGCUUUGAAAAUGGGACUGUGGUGGAGGUCAGCAGCGACGAGGAAGGCUACAAGGAUGCUUGGUACACUGCUAAAAUAAUUGAUCAUGUAGGAAAUAACAAGUAUCUGGUGGAAUACCUGUACCUGGUAACGGAUGACGGAACAAAGGAUCCCUUGAGAGAAGAAACAUGUGCAAGUUAUAUUAGACCUUGUCCUCCUGCACUUCCAUCGGUUGCUCAUUUCAAAGUGCUCCAGAAAGUCGAUGCUUGGUACAAUGAGGGAUGGUGGGAGGGCACCGUUUCCAAAGUUCUUGGCGGCUUAAUGUAUGUUGUCUAUUUCAGCUCCACCAAUGAAGAAUUAAUGUUUGAACAUUCCAAUUUGAGGCCUCGACAGGACUGGAUUAACGGACAAUGGAUCCCUGCUUAAAUGGUGACCUAAAACGGACAUGAUCACGAUGAGUUCGCUGACAUAAGGAAAUAGGAAAAAGAAAGAAGCAAAGGAGGCAUAUCGACUAUGUACUUCGUAGCGCUUAAUGUAUAAAAAUAGAAUUAGUUCGUCUACUAACAACUGUUGUAUUAAAAUGUUCUGGAGAGUGCCUUAAUCCAUAAACAAUUUAUCA